AUGUCUAAAUGCAAUGGGAAUUUUUAUAAGCAUUUUGGUGUAAAGUGACUUUGGGUAGAAGAUGAGAUGAAGUAUGCUGUAAAGGUUGAGCCUAAGCCAAUAUAUUUUAAAAUUAAUGAUAUAUUCUUUACAAAAUUGUGCUAGCUUAAUUUUUGCCGAAUGGCAACUUAUAUUUCGGAGAAUAUAUAAAAAAACUCCAAAAUAAAUCUCCUAAAGACAUUAUUGAAAAAAUCGAGAAAAAAGCUGAAACUAUGAGAGAAUCUUAUAAUUAUUCGCCCUUUAUAACGAAUGAAAUUAUUGAGCUUGACACUAGUUCCAUUUCCAAGUUUAAAAAUAAAAGAUUCACAAAAAAGACUACAAAGAAAAAAGAAAAAACAGAAAAUCAUGAUUUAAAACCGAAAAGAAUUAAACAUUUAUCUUUAGAUCCAGAUGUAAAACAAUAUAAGAGUCCAUGAUAUGUCCAGCCAAAAUAUUGGGAUAAAUUAGCAUUAAUCCCUGCUGUUCAAUAUGGAAAAGAACGCGAAAGAGCUGCAAAUAUUUAUUAUCAUUUGCAUGAGCGAAAAAUCGACCCAAAGAACUUUUCUUUUGAAGUUGAAGAAAAUACAGAACUUGACGAAAGGCUUUUAAAUGCACAAAGCCAGCUUGCUGAACUUCCUAGUAUACAUAGAUUUAAAAAAUAUUUAGAAUCCAAAAGUUUAAGAGUCCCUGCAUGCAUUGAAUCAAUAAACAGAAGACAAGAUUUGGUGAGAAACUCAAUUUCUUAG